AAUUCGAUCAUCGAUCGAUCUAGAGAUCAAUAAAUGGCAGUAAUGGACACGUUCUACAUAUCGCACGGGUCGGCGAUGAUGGCCGUUGACGAGUCAUCGGAGGCCCGAACUUUCCUGAAAUCCUGGCAGCAGAGAGAGCUCUGUCCCUUGCCUAAAGCGAUUCUCGUAAUUUCUGGUCAUUGGGACACCAAGGUUCCCACCCUCAGCGUUAUAAAAGGCAACAAUCAAACCUUCCACGAUUUCUCCGGCCUCCCUGAGAACAUGUACAAGCUCAAGUAUCCGGCACCUGGAGCUCCUGAAGUGGCAAUGAGGGUGAAGGAACUACUCAAUGCAUCUGGAUUUGAGAAGGUCGAUGAAGACAAAAAGCGUGGGAUUGACCACGGGACAUGGGUACCACUGAUGCUGAUGUAUCCUGAGCCCAAUAUUCCGGUUUGCCAACUCUCUGUACAGACAGAUAAGGAUGCAACUUAUCAUUACAACAUGGGCAAAGCUUUGGCUCCUCUCAGAGAGGAAGGUGUCCUCAUCAUGGGUUCUGGAACUGCUACUCACAAUUUAAGCUCCCUCCAAUAUGGUACCAAUUCUGUGGCUUCUUGGGCUUUGGAGUUCGAUACCUGGCUCAAAGAUGUUCUUCUUGAAGGAAGGUAUGAAGAUGUGAACCAGUACGUAGAGAAGGCACCUCAUGCGAAAAUGGCUCACCCUGAGCCAGACCACUUCUAUCCCUUGCAUGUGGCUAUGGGUGCGGCAGGUGAAAAUGCCAAGGCAAAACUCAUCCACCAGAACUGGGAAUGUGGUACUAUUUCUUAUGCUUCUUAUCAAUUCACAACAAACCACUAAAGAUUUACUUUACAAGUCACCUAUGUACUCAGUAAUUUGUAAUUUAUGCUUGCCUUAUCUUGACUGGCUUGUAUUCUGGUUUGUUUGAAUUGUUGGGUAAUAAUCCCUUGUUAAUGUGAAUGUUUCGCUUGAUGCUGAUAAUACAUGUACAGCUUCAUCA